UCUGCACAUUGCGUUGAAACUCCAUCUCUUUCUCUCUCUGUCGCCCACACAGAAGCAAUCUGACCAUUCUCAUGGAGGACAAGAAGCACGGCGAGGAGCAGCUAUGCACCCUCGAGAAGCGCGGCAACCUCUUCUUCCUCACCCUCACCGGCGCCGGCGAGCACCGCCUCAACCCCAACCUCAUCUCCUCCCUCCGAUCCGCCCUCUCCCGCCUACAGUCCGACCCCUCCGCCUCCUCCUCCUCCGCCCUGAUCACCACCGCCCAAGGCAACUUCUUCUCCAACGGCUUCGACCUCGACUGGGCCCAGUCCUCCGAGCUCCGCCUUCAGCUCAUGUCCUCCUCCCUCCGCUCCCUCGUCCACGACCUCAUCUGCCUCCCCAUGCCGACCAUCGCCGCCGUGACCGGCCACGCCUCCGCUGCCGGAAUGAUGCUCGCCCUCAGCCAUGACUAUGUGGUCAUGCGGCGCGAUCGGGGCUUCCUCUACAUGAGCGAGAUGGACAUCGGGCUCGUGGUCACCAACUGGUUCAUGGUCCUGAUGAGGUCCAAGAUCGGCGACCCGAGGGCCCGGCGCGAGGCCGUGAUGAGGGCAGCAAAGCUGACGGCAGAGGACGGGGUGAGGAUGGGGAUCGUCGACUCGGCCCACGACGGCGUGGAGGCGACGGUGGCUGCGGCGGUCGAGCUGGGGGAGGCGUUGGUAGCGAGGAAGUGGGACGGACACGUGUACGGUGAGAAUCUGAGGGUGGUGCUGCGGGAGGUGCUGGAGGCCGUCGGAUACGAUGAGGCUGUCGAGGAAGUGGCGGACAAGGCCCGGUCGAAAUUGUAGUUGGGCUUGCUCUUGAGGCCCGUUUCGAGUGUUCUUGUGAAAUUGUUCGGCCCGUUGGGCCUUUCAGAUGUAAAAGAUGUUUACAUAUUGCAGUGUAACAAGGUGGCUGAACAGGAGACGAAAUCAUCCUGUGUGGCGUGGCACUUGGAAAAUGAAAACUUUGCAAUUAUCGUUAUUAU